AUGGAUCGCAAACCCGCUGCGAAGCCCCCUUUAUUCUUCGGCAUGGAUCUCGACCGCAUGAACAAUCUCAUGUUACUGGAGGAGAAGUUCUUCUCGGAGUGGCCUCACUAUGGAGAUUCCCUCCCUGAAGUCCCUUAUCUCCUCAGUGGGACGGACGAUCUGGUGCCGCUGCCGGAGAGUCUCGACCCGUUCGACGACACCUUGGGGUUCUCACCGUCCCUCAUAAGCUCUGAUACCUCUUUACCUUCGGUUCCUUGUCAGUACCAUGUUCUCCCGGAACCGCUCAACCCAGUGCACUUGGAAGAUAUCGAUCUGGAGCCGUUUGCAUGGCCGCACGACUGCGUCUCGACCAGCAACAACGAAGACCUUCUGCUUGAUCCCCUGCCUCUUAACGCUUGCGACUUCCCGAUCGAAGCCCUCGACGGUGCGAGUGGUUGGGACGGAAAGAGAACGACGGAGAAGCGAGUUGACGGACGGACGUCGAGGCUGAACGAUGUGGGCUUCGACGAGAUCAAGAACUACUUCUACAUGCCAAUAACGAAGGCCGCCAAGGAGAUGAACGUGGGGUUGACGGUGCUGAAGAAGAGGUGCAGGGAGCUCGGGAUCGCCCGAUGGCCUCACAGGAAGAUGAAGAGCUUGAAGUCUCUGAUCCAUAACGUGCAGGAGUUGGGGAAGGGUGUCUGCGAGGAGAGCAUGAGGAAAGAGUUGGAGACAUUGGAGGACCACAAGAGGCUGAUGGAGGAGAACCCUGAGAUGCAAUUGACCGAGAGAACGAAGAAACUUAGGCAGGCUUGCUUCAAGGCUAAUUACAAGAGGAGGAGAUUGUCGCAGCAGUUCUAA